CCAUCCCUCCCCAUCCUCCACCUCCAUCACACCCACAGUGGGGCAUGGACUCUGCUCAGUGCUUUGUUCCCCCCACCCAGCACAGAACGCCUCGGCUCAGCCCGGCCCCUAUUCAUGAGACCCCUGUCCCCGCCUCCCCCCUCCCAUGACUCACGCCCGCGAUAAGGGGGGGGGGGGGAGAGUCUCGGGGGAGGAGAGAGGGGAGGAGGGGAAGGCGACGACGACGAGGAGGAGAGAGCUUCUGUGGGGAGGUGUCGCUGCAUUCGCUCGCUACGUCGCGCUGCGCUCGCGUUGCCGGCGGCGUGGCCUCUCUCCGGGUAGCAGCGCGGCUCCCCACGAGGGGGGACCCCGCGAGUGAGACCCGGGACUCGGGACGACCCCGCGACUCUGGGAUCUGAGACCUGGGAUCUUGGGACCUGGGAGCAGAGAGGACACCCGCGGACGCAGUCGCGCCGAACUGCCUCCCGGCGGCGGCGGCGGCGAGGGAAGUCGGACGAGAUAAUUAUCUCGCUCGCGACCUGGGAGGAAGGUGAGGAGGACGAGCAGCGGGCGGCGACACGGAGGUCCGGCCCGCUUGACCCGCCACCACCACCCCCCCCCCCGCUCCUCUACCGUGCCCGGCGCGGGGGGCCGUCCGCCACGAUGGGGGCGUCGCAAUCGGGCGGCAGCUCCCCGCUGGCCAAGCUGGCGACGCUGCGCUCCCUCCACAUCGUCAUGCUGGGCCUGGACUCGGCCGGCAAGACCACGGUGCUCUACCGCCUCAAGUUCAACGAGUUCGUCAACACGGUGCCCACCAUCGGCUUCAACAUGGAGAAGGUGCGGCCCGGGGCGGGCGGCGCCCGCGGCGUCAGCUUCCAGUUCUGGGACGUGGGCGGCCAGGAGCGCCUGCGACCGCUGUGGCGCUCGUACACCCGGCGCACCGACGGCGUGGUCUUCGUCGUGGACUCGGUGGACGCCGAGCGCCUGGAGGAGGCGCGCACGGAGCUGCACCGCGUGGCGCGCACCCCCGAGUGCCAGGGCGUGCCCGUGCUCGUCGUGGCCAACAAGCAGGACCUGCCCGCGGCGCUGGCGCCCGCCGAGGUGGAGCGGCUGCUGGCGCUCGCGGAGCUGGGGCCCGCGGCGCUGUGGCACCUGCAGCCGGCGUGCGCCAUCAUCGGCGAGGGCCUCCCCGAGGGGCUGGACAAGCUGUACGAGAUGAUCCUGCGGAGGCGCAAGAUGAUCAAGCAGCAGCAGAAGAAGAAGCGAUGAGUUGUUUUUUUUUUCCCCCGCGCGCGCGCGCGUGCGUGCGUGUUUCACGCGUGACGAACCUAUUGCUGUUGUUGAUGUUUUGCUUUUUUUUUUAACGUUCAUUCUGGAAGGGUGGUUGUUGUUGUUAAAAGUGCACCGGAAUGAACGGCGCAUUUUGUUUUUGAGACCCGUGCGUUUUGAAACGUAUGCAAUCGUAGCCGGAGCGUAUUUGCCGCCCAUGAGCGGAGGUGAGCUCGCGAAUGAGGCCGUGCGGUUUUAAUGCACUGCCAAGGAAAACGAUUCUACCCGUGAUGGCUCGAGCGACGAAAUGGAAGUGCCUGGGGUACGCCUGCCUGCCAGCCUAUCCGUGGGCUAUGACAGAUGUUGUAUUGUACUGGAGAGAUGUGUUUGUGUUACAUUUGUCAUACGCUGUGCGCGCGCAGGUGAGUGCGAGUGUCUGCUACAGCUUUUGCGUUCCACUGAUUCUGAGCUGAAGUUUUCGUGCUGCAGGCGGAGUUUCUGCAUCUCACUGACCAAGUCGGUUUGGACUCCGCAGUUGGUGAACAAACGUUGAGUCGAGUUUACCGGAGUAAGCGUAAUGAAUCGCGCCGGAUUAGGCGUAUUAAUUCUAGAUAAAGCGUGUGAGUUGUGGACUUCUCUGAGUUAGUAGAUGUGUGAGAGCUACUGAUAGCCCCAUUGGGGGUACAGAUCCUGAUGUUAUGCUGCUAGUGCGGGGCCUGUAGCAUGUUAUAAAAAGGCCCUAAAUAUAAAAAGCAUACAUAUUAAGACACAAUUUUUAGCUUGCAUAGUAAAGUAAUUGUGUUUUUUCAUUUGCUAUACAGCCAGAUAAUACGACAAAUCGCUAACCUUAAACACCCAGUCGUUCAUAAAAGUUGAAGGCAGUAUAGUACUAUAGUCAUAGAGC